AUGACCGACGCUGUCGCUAUGCCCCAAAAGCGGGUUCUGGGAGACGCAACGAAUAAUGCCCGCAGCGUCCUCGUCUCUCCCAACGCGAUGAAGAAACGAAAAUUGGAUGCUCGCCCUCCCGUGAAAUUCAACUCGUCGCAGAAUGGUCAGCGGAAAGGUGCUGGAUCAAGCCAGCCACAAAAGAGCCAGUUCGAAGAGGAGGUCCUGGAAAAGUUGACUCAAGACAUCAGCGGACUAAAGGAUAAAAACUCAGAGAAGGAUCAGCAAUGGGAACGACCGCCCCUGGGUGAAUUCGAUCCGACGAAGGAAAAUAUCUGCUUCCAGCAGAUUGACGCGGAAGAGGGAACUGUAGCGGGAGGAAAGACCGCCGUUCGGCUUUUUGGUGUCACCGAGGCUGGUCAAUCGGUCCUGCUUCAUGUUACAGGUUUCCAACAUUAUCUCUACAUUGCCGCGCCGGUGAAUUUCACGAAAGAAGAUUGCGAACCUUACCGAACCUUCCUGGAGAACAAACUCGGACAGUUCCAACCAACGAUACAAUCUGUUCAAAUCACAAUGAGAGAAAACAUAUACGGGUAUCAAGGAAACCAGAAGAGCUGGUACCUGAAAAUCACAGUUACGGAUUCGAAGUACAUCGCCAAGGUUCGAGGCGCUCUGGAGAAUAACCCUUCCACCUUCAACUAUAAAGGCCUAUGGAGCAACUCAGACAGCGGUAUCCUCACGUUCGAUAACAUUCAAUACCUACUCAGGUUUAUGAUUGAUACGGAUAUUGCCGGUAUGGCAUGGGUCGAGGCGAAAGCAGGAAAAUACCGACUCUUUGCUCCUCACGAGAAGAUGUCGAAUUGCCAAAUUGAAGCAAGUGUGGACUAUCGUGAUCUGAUUUCUCACCCCCCUAAUGGAGAGUGGGCCAAAAUGGCACCACUGCGUGUUUUGUCUUUCGAUAUUGAGUGCGCUGGACGGAAGGGUAUUUUCCCCGAGCCACAUCAAGACCCUGUCAUUCAAAUCGCCAAUGUCGUCACCCGCUACGGAGAAUCGAAGCCCUUCAUCCGGAAUGUUUUUGUGCUGGAUACAUGCAGUCUGAUUGUCAACACGCAAGUUCUUGAAUUCGAGAAGGAGGAAAAAAUGCUUAUGGCAUGGCGCGACUUCGUUGAAAAAGUUGACCCCGACGUGAUUAUCGGGUACAAUAUUGCCAAUUUCGAUUUUCCAUACCUUCUGGACCGAGCGAAGCACCUGAAAUGCUCCGGAUUCCCUUACUGGACAAGGUUGAACGGGGUUCAGUCGCAUGCCAAAGAGACGAACUUCUCCAGCAAGCAGAUGGGCAACCGAGAUACGAAGACCACAAAUACCAACGGACGAAUCCAACUGGAUCUGCUUCAGCUGGUCCAAAGAGACCAUCAACUGCGAAGCUACACCCUCAACUCCGUAUCCUACGAGUUUCUGGGAGAGCAGAAGGAGGAUGUACACCACACUAUGAUCACAGAGCUGUUCAAUGGAACGCCAGAUUCGAGGCGACGUUUAGCCGUGUACUGCUUGAAAGACGCCUAUCUCCCACAACGUCUCAUGGAUAAGCUCAUGUGUCUUGUGAACUACACUGAGAUGGCUAGGGUUACUGGAGUUCCAUUCAACUUCCUGUUGUCGCGUGGCCAGCAAGUCAAAUUCAUCAGUCAAUUGUUUCGCAAGGCUUUGGAGCAGCAACUGGUCAUACCAAACACCAAGUCGACCGACGAGCAAGACUAUGAAGGUGCUACGGUCAUCGAACCGGUACGUGGCUAUUACGGCGUACCGAUCGCCACCCUCGAUUUUGCAUCACUGUAUCCCUCCAUCAUCCAAGCGCAUAAUCUGUGCUACACAACCUUGUUGAACAAGAGCAGUGUUGAAAAACAUGAGUUGAAAAAAGACGAUGAUUACAUUGUGACGCCGAAUGGCGAUAUGUUCUGCACGGCCAAAGUACGGAAGGGCCUGCUGUCACAGAUUCUCGAGGAACUUUUGACGGCAAGAAAGAAGGCAAAGAAGGAGUUGGGAGUCGAAACCGAUCCGUUCAAAAAGGCUGUCUUGAACGGUAGACAGCUUGCUCUGAAAGUCAGCGCUAACAGUGUCUACGGUCUCACCGGCGCCACAGUCGGCAAACUACCCUGUCUACCCAUCGCCAGUAGCACGACUAGUUACGGACGUCAGAUGAUUGAGAAGACAAAACAAGAAGUGGAGGCGAGAUACACUAUCGCUAACGGCUAUUCUCAUGACGCGAAGGUCAUUUACGGUGACACGGACUCCGUCAUGGUCAAAUUCGGAGUGAGCGAACUCGAAGAAGCUAUGAAACUCGGCCAAGAGGCUUCGGAGUAUGUUUCCUCAAAGUUCAUCAAACCGAUCAAACUGGAGUUCGAGAAAGUCUACUUCCCCUAUCUCUUAAUCAACAAAAAGCGAUACGCGGGUCUGUAUUGGACGAACCCAAAGAAACACGAUAAGAUGGACACCAAGGGUAUCGAGACUGUGCGCCGAGAUAACUGCUUGCUCGUUCAGAACGUCAUCGAAACUGUUUUGAACCGUAUUCUGAUCGACCGAGAUAUCGAUGGCGCCCAAGAAUACGUAAAAGAGACCAUUUCCGAUCUGUUGCAGAACAAAGUCGACAUGUCGAAGCUGGUCAUUACUAAAGCUCUUUCCAAGUCCGAUUACACGGCCAAACAAGCCCACGUUGAGCUCGCCGAGCGCAUGCGAAAGCGUGAUGCAGGUUCUGCGCCCACUCUCGGUGACCGUGUUGCGUACGUUAUCGUCAAAGGCGCCGGAGGCUCGAAGAACUACGAGAAAUCCGAGGAUCCGAUCUACGUGCUGGAAAACAACCUCCCUAUUGACACAAAAUACUAUCUUGACAACCAACUCGCAAACCCCCUUGGUCGUAUCUUCGAGCCCAUUCUCGGUGAGAAGAAAGCCAGUCAGCUUCUUACUGGUGAACAUACUCGAUCGAUCUCCGUGGCAGCACCGACAAUGGGCGGACUCAUGAAGUUCGCGAAAAAGACCCAGACUUGUAUGGGGUGCAAGAAACCGCUGUCCGGCAAGAGCGAAAUGGCAGGAGCAGUCUGUGAGCACUGUCGCCCCCGCAUGGGCGAGCUUUAUACCCGCUCGUUGACCAAGGUAUCGGAUUUGGAGGUUCGUUUCGGGCGACUGUGGACUCAAUGCCAGCGCUGCCAGGGUAGUUUGCACUGCGAGGUGAUUUGCUCAUCCCGGGACUGUCCCAUCUUCUACAUGCGCAUGAAGGCCAAGAAAGACGUGGAAGAUGCACAGAAAGAAGUUUCACGAUUUGAUUUUGACGCGGGGGCUUGGUGA